AUGACCACUUACCAAGAGAAUAACAUUCAUUUAAAAGACAAUAGGUACAUCGCCAAGUUCCCAUGGAAACAGGAACAUCCGGAGUUGCCGAGCAACGAGAUGAUAGCCAGAAAGAGAGCAUAUAACGUGAUAAACCGACUUGCUAAAGAACCAGAGAUGCUUAAGAUAUACGGUAACAUAAUCAACGACCAAGAAAUUCGAGGUUUUAUAGAGAAGGUUGAGACCCCGGAUGUGACUACUAAUCGAAUACAUUAUAUUCCGCACCACCCAGUGAAAAAAGAUUCAUCGACUACACCGAUACGUAUAGUAUAUGAUUGCAGUUGUCGUCAAGAUUCAGAAUCACCCAGCUUAAAUGAUUGCCUUUCUUCUACACCGCCGCAGCUUAAUAAGCUAACAGAUAUUCUUACAAGAUUCCGCUACGGGAAAUACGCCUUAACAACUGAUAUUGAGAAAGCAUUCCUCCAAAUUGGACUAGACGAAGAAGACCGCGAUUCCACCCGAUUUUUCUGGCUUAGAGAUCCAAGCAACCCCAAGAGUGAGCUUUAG